UUUUUUUAAAGUAAUAUAAAUGUAAAAUGUCCUUUAUUCUUUUAAUGGGAAAACUGAAUUACUCCAAUCUUCAGUGUUGCAUGAGCCUUCAGAAAUGUCUUUCCUGCCACUUUUGUCCAAAAUGCAUCCUUGAUGCUAAAUAAAAGUAUUAAUAAUUUCCUUCUAAAAAAAUGUUUUUUUUUAAACAGUAGUUUAUAUACAGAGAAGGGGUCAUCUUUAUAAUGUAUUUAACAUUUACUUUUAAAAUGUACUACUCAUAUUCUGUUAUUGGAACCCCUUUCCCCCUGCAGUGUCUAUAGUGAUGAAAUCUCCCGCUGGGGAACACUGACCCCUAAUGGGAUAAAGACAGCACUGCAUGAGUACAACUACACAAUGAUAUAGGCUAUUAAUAUUGUCAAGCUCUUUCUAACAUGCAUGGAAAUUUCAGAGAAAAACAGUUAAUAUGUUCAAAAUGUGCUUUCUGUAGACUGGUAAAAAAAAAAAAAUCAUGAAAUUAAUCUUUUUAGCUAGUUAUUUUUUUAAUGAACAACAACAAAAUCUUACGUGUUCAUCUCUUGUAUCAUGCCUUGUUUACUUUAGAUUACUCACUGCACGUUGCAGAGUAAUAUUCUCUGGAAAACUGCUUUAGAAUAGGGGCAGUCAUGGCCUAAUGGUUAGAGAGCCAUACUAGGUACCAUGAAAGUUGUGGGUUUGAUUCUCAGUACCGACAGGAAAUGACUGAGGUGCCCUUGAGCAAGGCACCCAACCCCCAAUUGUUCCCUGGGUGCCACACCAAAAAUGUGUGCCCACUGCUCCAGGUGUGUGUCUCCACGAUUUGCAGCGUGUGUUCACUACUCGCUACUCCUAAUGUGUGUGCACUAACUGAAUGGGUUAAAUGCAUUGAAAUUCCGAGUAUGGGUUACCAUAUUUGGCCUUCACAUGUCACUUUCACUAUGAAAAUCACUCUACAAUGAAUUUAGAAUUGAAAUAAAAUGUUUCUUUUCAAGUUGAUGCAUCAAACAUUUAUUUAACAGAAGGUAGAAAUAAAAUAUAUUUAUAAACCUACUUGAAAACAAAUAUUUUCCAAGUAAUGUUUUAAUCACUUUAUUAGCCAUUGUCAAUAUAAAACAACUAUUUAAUUAAGCUACCUUUAUAUUUUAGGAAAGGAAAUUUAAGGUCCUCUUGCAAAGGGAUCAUGGGGAUCAAAAAUAUAUAUAUAUAGUCAAUUCCUCUGGGACACAUUUUCUGGUGUGUUUCUAGUUCCUGUGACAGAUAUAAUUGCUUUAGCUACAGUUGGUGGCUAAAGGAAUUUGAUUUCACUGAUUUACAAGGAUUUCGUUAAACUGUGCCCAUUUUCCACUAGGGGGAGCCACUGAACUAUAGAAGAGUUUAUGCUCCUUCAAAAACACCCAAGUUUCCAUCAACAUCUUAGACUGGACUUUUUUAUUAAUACACCAGGUCCAUAUAUUUACAAUAGGUAAUACUGAUUGUACAAUGAUUAUACAAUUAAUACCAUUAUGCAGCAUUAUACUGGACUAUGUUUAUGUUGAUUACGGCACAGGUGUGAGCACAUACUCGCUCCUCCAGCUGUCCUCCACUUCUCACAGUGGAAUAGUGUUUUUCUGAGUAAAGGCUCUGUUGUGGAAAACUAAAAAAAUUUUUUUGUGAAAAUCUGAAGUUUCACUGUAAAAACUAGCCUAGUGUUGUAAGAACAUACUCAGGAUAGCAGUGAAGGCAGGACAGGUGCUUAUAGUUACUCAGAACACAGCCAUAGUUCAUGUGUAUAAAAGUGUAUUAAAUGCUUAUAAAGAGAGCAGUCUGGAAUGCAUAAAGUGUAACACAAUCUGUGAUGGAGUGUCAUAUUGAGCUACUUUGGAGGAGGGAGGCUCUUGGCCGAGAAAGGUUGUUUUCACCCCUGCUGGAAGAAGUGUGGGAAAAAUUCCUUUCUCUUGUAGGAAAACAAGUGCAGCAGGUUUUAGUUUCAGUCUAUCUUUUGUGUGGAUCGAUGGCUUACUCUUUCUCAGAACUCAUAACCGUGUACGCUCUUGGCUGGUGGGCUUGCAUUAAUGAUAUGCUAUAUCUAACGGACAUGGCGGAUGUCAGUAUCCGUCGGUGGGACGUAUUUUCAGGUCUGUGAAGAUAAUCAAAGAUGUCAUCUAAGAUGCAAAGCUCUAAUAAUAUAGCCCAGGCCAGAAGGACUGUUCAGCAACUACGGAUAGAAGCUAACAUAGAGAGAAUAAAGGUGUCUAAAGCUUCUGCAGACCUCAUGCAUUACUGCAGUGAACAUGCCAAGUAUGAUCCUCUGCUUAUGGGUAUCCCAGCUUCAGAAAACCCUUUUAAAGAUAAAAAGCCCUGCACUAUAUUGUAGUGGGAUACUUGAACUUUUGAUGUGUGUUUUGAUGUUCCUUUUAUUGAUAUUUUUUUUUAAUAGAGAGAAUAUGAUCUUCAAACAUUCAUUCCCUAUUCGACUUAAAGUGAACUAAACCCCAAGCCAUUAUUUGAUUGUAUCCACAAAUCUCCUGACUUGAAAUGUUCAUGUUGUCCAUGAAAAGGAGAGUCAAAGCACCUAGUAAACAAACCAUUUGUGCCGCAAAGACAAAACCAACCCAUGAAUGAAUUUUAGCAUUAGGGCACAGCACAGAUGAGUUGUUUGCUUUGUGAUGGUGUCCAUUGAUGUGGUUGUGUCUUCUGCAAAUAAAGGGUGAGGUCAGAGUGGGCGGUUCUCAGCCACACUAGUAUCAGAAGCACAGGAAAUGAUCAUUUAAUGACUGCACUCUGUAAUAAUUAUCUGCAGAUAAGCAGAGCCUCAUCGGUGGUGCUUUUGACCCCAUCUGAUGCUUUUAAAGGCGUCCAGUCGCAGGGAGUGUGGGGGAUUGCUGUGAGGGGUGAAAUGUCAGCAUCACGAAUGUGUGAAGGGUGCUUGUGCUCACUGGAGAAGGAAACAGGUGUCUUUUGAGGCGUCACAUUGACGCAAUGCUGCUCCGGCCCUCCCUCAUUAACUCACUCUUUGAACAAUGGACUGAUACAAAGCUAACUGCUCCUGUCAAAUCAGUACAUACAACAUCGUGCCCUUUUCUUUUUCUCUCAGUGAACCAAGGGAGCUGUGUUUCAAAAGUUCAACAACUGCCAAAACUUGCAGAUUAGCAUUUUAAGAGUAAUACAUGAUGAUGUGUUCAUGUUGUGGUUUGGCAAUGUUGUUUAUUACCCUUUUUUCCUCCUUAUAACUAGCCAGACAAAAUGUGGGUGACACUUUACAAUAAGAUUCAAUUUGUCGAUAUUAGUGCAUUAGGAAUCAUGAACUAAAAGAAAUGAAUUUCUUUUUUUUUUACAGCAUUUAAUAAUUUAUUGUUAAUUUAUAAAUAUACUUCACUAUUGCUAGUUGUUAAAGGUGCAGUAAUAAUAAAAAAAUAAUAUUAUCUGUCCGCUAGAGGU